CUCAGCGCUAUACAUUCAAACCGCAGAGCGAGAAGGCUGAACAAGAAAAAGAAAAGGAGCGAAAGAACUACACAGAAGAACAAUUCAACAGAAUAAAAAGAUCCUUCUUCACUUUUACCUUCAGACUUCAUCAGACAGCUUUCUCAAAGACUUUCCAAAUCUUUAUUGUUAAUUGUUGCAGAAUUUAUAAAAGGAAAAAUGAUGAGCAGCAGAGUCAUUGUCACCUCUAUUGUGGUGCUCCUCGCCUUCCUGGCCGCCAGUGAAGGGAUGAGUCUGAGAAGUCUGGGAGUGGAGCUGCACUGCCGCUGCAUCAAGACAGAAAGCAAACGCAUCGGCCGUCACAUCGAGAGUGUUGAGCUGAUUCCUGCCAACUCCCACUGUGAAGACACUGAGAUCAUUGCCACUCUGAAGAAGACAGGUCAAGAGGUUUGCCUGGACCCCAACGCUCCCUGGGUGAAGAAAGUGAUUAACCGCAUCAUGGCCAAUAAAAAACGCUAAACCGACUGGGAGAGAUGGGCCAAUGGCGCUUAAAGACAAAUGAGAAGUUACCAAAAAGUAUUUUUUGCCCUCAGUUACCUCCUUUCAACAGGAGAGUGCCUCUGAAUGUCCUGAUCAGGUGUUAAAUGAUGUAAUGAAGGUAACUUCGUUACUAUGGACUGACGGCUUUGGGCCCUUGUAAUAUUGCACAUGUGGGUCUGCACAUUAUAUAACAACUUAUUUUUGCACAGUAAUAAUGUCACUCAGCACUUUAGUAGUGAACAGUUUGCACUUUAUUAGUGUGAUUUGCACAGUACAGUUUGGCAUUGCAUAUUUGCACAUUUUUAUAUAAUUUAUACUAUUUAUUGUGUAGUAUUUAUUAAAUUAUUAAACCGUAUUAAUUGGAAUGUCGUCUGGCAGAUGUUGGUCGGGUCCUCGGCAUCACCUGAAAAGAGAGGGGAGUUAGCGAGAGCGCCGAAAGUGUUUAUGAUUGUGUAAGAAUGACAGCGGUUGAGAUUAAUCAUUGUGUGCAAAUAAUAUGUUUAGUGUUAUGACUGAAGCCAGUCUUCAGACAUAGAGAGGGCGGUGAACAUGUACAGAGAGGGGUGAACACCUACAUGCUGGCUACUGUUCUCUUGUGGUGUUUUGAUAAAUAAAGUCACCAUGGUUUGAAACUCUA